AUGGUGUUUCCUCCUCCCCCUCCCUGGGUACAUGGGAAGGGGGCUUCUGAAGUUUUAGGGCAGACAGCCCAGUGUCCCACAACCUCGGUGUGUUUUUUGGAAGCUAUGCAGCAGCAGCAGCAGCAGCCCCAUUACGCCUCGGAACGGGCAGCACCGCCCUUCCUUCCCCUUGGGCCCUGGGCGGUGUUGCAGCAGCAGGUUUGGGAGGCGGGGAGGGAGGGGGAUCCUUCGGAGCGCCGGGCCGGACGCACGCCUAAUGCCCCGCGGCCCCCGGCGGCAGCAGCAGCGGCAGCAGCAGAGGGAAGGGCAAGUUUGGCAUCUGGGGCGGAACCCCGGCUCCGGAUAAUAAUGAGUGUCUCCCUGGGAGGCUCGCAGAGCGAGCGGCGCCGGCGUCAUGUGACGGCCCCGGACUCGGUGCCAGGAGCCUGGGAGACUGAGCGCGGCGGGGAGAGAACGAGCGAGCGAGCAGCUAGAGCGGUGCAGGCAGCGCGCGAGCCGAAGCCGGAGCCGGAGCCGGAGCCGGGCAGCCGCGAGCCGGAGCCGGGCAGCCGCGAGCCGGCCAGCGAGGCAGCCACCUCCAUCCCGCUGGAGACGGGGCCCGCCGCUUCCUGACCCCGUUCUUUUCCCUCCUCCUCCACCUCCUCCUCCCCAGCCUUGGCGGCCGUGCAUGGUCGCAGGACUUUUCCGCUGACACUGUUGCAUUUGGGGGAUUAAAGGAAACCCUGAUCCUGGGCUUUUAUUUCCUGCCUGCUGCGCUCAGCACUACGGCGCUCAAA